AUUCUGAAAUAUGAAGCCUCAAAUAUUCUGUUGACGUUUGGUUUGUUUUUGGUAAUAAAUAUUGUUUAAUAAUGUUUCUUGCUUACAUGUUGUCUUAUAUCUUUUUGUAGCCAUGGGUGGAAAAUCGUCAAAAAUGACUCCUGAGCGUAAGAAACUCAAAAUAUUUCAGAAGAUUGUUUAGACUCAUAAGAUUACAUCACACAUUUAUUUCACGAGUGUGAAGGAGAGGGAUAAGUAUCAAAAGUUGUGAACAAAACCCUGCAGACAGUCAAACCUGCACAAAUACAUUUGAGAAAUGUAUAAAGAUAAAAAAAUAACAGAUUCUUAAUUUGUGUUGAAAUAAUAUAUUUGACGGAUAUAUUACAUCAAUGUGUGCACUCUGCAGCUUUGAUGGAAAAAUGGAGGGGCGUAUGGGGGUGAGUGGUUUGUUUAAUUUAUGUUCCCUCUGGUGUUUAAUUGCUUUUCUUCAACUAACUAUUGUUAAAACCAAAACUGAGCAACUGCAGCACACCUUUGUUGAGACUGCCUCUAUUACUGUCAUUUUAGUUUGUUUCAGUUUCAUGAUGGUUUAGUUUGGUGUCUGUGACGACCGUGCAGCAAACACAAAAUAUGUGCAACAUAUGGAAAACUGAUAAUAAUGUUGAUGUGCAUUGUGAUCUGAAAUGUAAUCUUACCUUUUCUUUAUUGAACAGCCAUAAAAACAAAGACCUGAAUUUUGUGAACGAUUAUCAGCCUUAUAACGAAGAAGUCAAACAGCUCAGAGUUCUGCUUUAUGGACCUACUGGCGCUGGCAAGUCCAGCUUCCUCAACACCGUCGACAGUGCGUUACAAGGCAGAGUUACUGGUCAAGCUUUGGCGGAUAAUACAAUCACUGGAUCGAGCUUCACCAGUAAACACAGAACUUACCAAUUCAAUAAAGGAGGACCAGGGACAUUUUACCCUUUUGUCUUCACUGACUUGAUGGGCCUUGAGAAGGAAACUAAGAAAGGAGUUUGUCUGGAAGACAUCAAACUGGCCAUGAAGGGGCACAUACAAGAUGGUUAUGAAAUCAAUCCGUGCUCUAAAAUAUCAGAGGAUAAUCAAAACUACAACAAGUACCCCACUCUGAAUGACCAAGUUCAUGUUGUGGUUUGUGUCAUCGCUGCCACCACAGAAAAUAUACUGAGUGAAGAAUCUAUGAAACAGAUGAGGGAUGUCAGACUUGCAGCUAGAGACUUGGGGAUUCCCCAAGUGGCUAUUCUCACCAAAAUUGAUGAAACUUGUCCAGAGGUCAAGGCCGAUAUAAAGAACGUGUAUAAGAGCAGGUACCUGAAGCAAGUGGUGGACAACUUGAGUGCUAAGCUGGGCUUUACACUGACCUGCAUCUUUCCUGUGAAAAACUACCACUCAGAGAUCAAAACAAAUGAUGAGGUUGAUACACUGAUACUGAGCGCACUGAACAUGAUCAUCAACUUGGGAGAAGACUAUGUCAACGGCCUGUAGACCUACAAACUGCUGAGGCAAAUCUUGCUUUAUCUCAGCGUGAAAUAAAGUCAGUUUGUGAACAGGAUGCAAUUAAAUAAAGUGGGACUAUGGUUUUUUGGUUUUCAUUUGUAAACAUGUAAUGCAUAUAGUCUCUGCUCUAAAUGGUCUUACCUCUACCUAGUUGAAUAAAGCAUGAUAGGCUGUAUCACUAUUGCUAUGCAUUUGAGUUUUUGCAUUAUUAUUUUGUUAGCUAUGCUUUGUUGAUUCAGGUGGUGAUUUCUGAUGUUACAGUCCCCCAGUAAUCAUAACACAUGUCUAGAUUAAAACUGGGCUAAAUAUGAUUGAAAAGUUAAAUUUAUAUCAGACUACUGAUUACAUAUAUGAUGUAUCUAUUGUUUUAUUUCAAUGUUUGGACCUGCUAUUGAAUCAUUGUGCUCAUACUGCUGCUCAGGUAAAACUCACAAUAAAUAACAUAAAUAAUGCAAUUUGUAUUUAGUCUCCUUUUAUUUCCUUCCUUCUCGUCCAUACCAUACACUAGAUUGUCUUGUAAUGCAAGUG